AUGAGAAUACUCUCGGCUGCACAUGGCGAUAAACUACAUUCGUUCAACAUAAAGGAUAUUGAUACGCAAUAUCAGGAGGUUAAUGUCUAUUACUCUUCAACUGACAGAGGUAAGAUUAAACCAUUGAUCAUAGGACUAGUUCCUUUUAGUGGAACACCAGAGUAUUACACAUUUGAUGGGAAAUUGAAAAGAGGUUAUGCAAUUCGUAAUGAUAAUCUUACCAAGGCGCUCGAUCAGGAGAAUUGUCUGCGGAAGAACAUUGUUGUGGCAAACCUAUCUAAAAAAGGAGGUAGAUAUUGUUGUGGAAUGAAUGGACAUAAUAAGAUUCAAGUACACCAUCACCGUACCAAUGUACCUAAUGGAUAUACUUCAUAUCUACACCUUCCAACCAAGGUUGAGAACUUUAGUUUUAAUAUUCACAAGUUCAAAGACGAUAAAGAACAUGUAUGGCCAAGUUCUAUAAACAGCAUAAGAAGUGUACAUGCUUACUUUUGUAAUAAUAACCUCAGCAAGGCAUUAUUACUAUAUGUGAACAAAGGAUCAGGAAGUGCAUGGUUCAGGAGGACUUCUGGGGAUGGCAAUACAUGGACAGAAGCUGGUAUGGAAUCCCUGAAAACUCAUACACCAAGUUCCCUUAGCAUAAAGCAACACAUUGAAGGUAUACUCCACAAACUUUGCAAGGAACUCAGUGCUAAGGAGUGUAAACAUGCAGAUAGUGCUACCUCUGUUAUCCCUACUACUACUACUCCUGCAGUCUCUUCAGGUGGUGCAGGCACAGAAGGAUCCGUAUCUUCUGGUAGCAGUUCUACUCCAUCCUCAUCUCAACAAGAAGCUGCUGGUGCUCCUGGACCUACAGGACCAUCUGGUGUAGGCUCUGCUGGAGGUUCUAAUACUACUUAUGGACCUGCUGGUACUUCUGGAUCUGGUGGAGGUGUAACUGCUUCUACAGAACAAAACACUGGUCAAACAUUUUUUGAUAAAGCAACUAAAUUCAUUAAAUCACGAGAUGGUAUAAUUACUGCAUCAGUUACUCCUGGCAUAGGUGGUCUCAUUGGUGCUGUUGUCUGGAAAUGGCCUAAAAUAAUGUCAUGUCUAAUCACUAAGGCACUAUAA